CAACAUGGCAGAGGCUGUGGUCAGUCUCCCUCUCACUAACUUGGAAUGCUUUCAAAUGGUGAGCAGCCACACUUGACCGCAGCGAGCCAUUCAUCUACGCACUCACCGGAUCGAUGGUACUAUAAACCCCGACACUGCCCUGUCACCUACACAGGCUUGAAGACAUGAUCACUAGCACCAGUAUUUAUGGUCUAAAGAUGCAGUGGACCCCGGAGCAUACACAAUGGGCAGAACAACACUUUGACAUCUCAUCCACUACUCGCUCGCCAGCACACAAAGUGGAGGCCUACCGGGGGCACUUACAGCGAACAUACCAGUAUGCGUGGGCAAAUGAUGACAUCUCUGCACUGACUGCCUCCAAUCUGCUCAAGAAAUACGCUGAGAAGUACUCUGGGAUCCUAGAAGGCCCAAAUGAAAGAGCCCUGCUGUGCUCCUACUCUGAUAGCACCACUGGACUCAUGAAUGGACGGAAGUCAGAGAAUGAUUCCUGGCAGGAGGGGAUUUACCCAAUGAACUGUGCUCCAGAUGUUAUAUCUGUGAGCAAAGCUGGGAUGACAGCUGCCCUCCCCCCUACAGACGUGUCUGCUAGCCUAGGAAGCUCCCCAGGGGUGGCCAGCAGCUUGUCUGAACCCAGCUACUCCAGCAGUAACUGUGGGAGUCACUCAGCCACCACUCUCCACUCGGGCCUCCCCUCUCAGGAAUAUACUGCCAGUUACAACGGUUCGUACUUGCAUUCUAGCUACAGCAGCCAGAGUACCCCAGCCCUCCCCUCCCCACACCCCUCACCGCUGCAGAGUGCUGGGCUUUUACAACCGCCGCCACCUCCCCCUGCUUUAGUGCCGAGCUACAAUGCUGGGUCUCCAAACCUUCCCAACUAUAGUUAUCCUCCUACAGGGUAUGCUUCUCAAACUGCGGUGGGCCCUGGCUAUAGCCCAGGGGGAGCUCCACCCCCUUCAGCUUAUCUGCCAUCUGGCAUUGCAGCUCCUACUCCAAUACCUCCCUCCACUCUGCCUGGCUACACCUACCAGUCCCAUAAUCAUACACCAAUUACACUCACACCUUUGAAUGGCAGCUCAUCCAACUCAUUAAAACGGAAAGCUUUCUACAUGAGCGGACAUGGAGAUGUGGACUCAAACUAUGCUAAUUUCAACUACAACCAACAGCGGUCCUCACACAGUCCGAUGUACAGAGUAGCAGACAGCAGUGUCUCAGACUCAAGCAGAGGCAGUGGCUUUGAAAGAAAUGCAGAAACGUCAUCUGUAGCCUUCAAGCCAACCAAACAGCCUAUGUCCUCGGAUCAGCAAAGAAAAUUUAAUGUACACUCUGGCAGAGCACUAACUCCUCCAACGUAUGGAUCGACCAAAAACUCAACAGGGGAGCUGAGAACUGGUGAGUCCUACAAGUUUGGAUCUCCCAUCAUGAGUGAGCAAACUGAAGAGCACAGGCAGCACCUCUCCCACUCCCUGUCAGGGCCUGACAUAGCUUCGGCUGCCUCGUCCAUCCAUGCUGCAGAGGAACAAUUAAAAAACAGCGAUUCCAACCUGGUGGAGAUGGUGAAUACGGAGAUCCUUCAGCUGGGAUCGCCAGUGAACUGGAGUGACAUUGCAGGUCUGGAAAUGGCCAAAGCAGCUAUCAAAGAGGAGAUACUGUGGCCUAUUUUACGACCUGAUAUGUUUAGUGGACUUACCACAUUACCUCGGAGCCUCCUUUUAUUUGGACCUCAGGGAACUGGUAGAUCAUUGCUGGCUCGUUGCAUGGCCAGUCAGCUGGGGGCUGCCUUUUUGCGAUUGAACAGUUCAGCAUUGGUUACGAAGUGGCUUGGAGAAGGUGACAAAAUUAUCCAAGCUUCUUUUCUUGUAGCUCGCUGUCGCCAGCCAGCAGUCGUUUUUGUCAGCGAUGUGGAUCUGCUGCUGUCCGCCCAGCUCACAGAGGAGAGCCCAGUAAAUCACCUCAAGGCUGAGCUGCUCAUACAGCUUGACAGUAUUCUGACCUCUGCAGAAGACAAUGUUCUUGUGGUCUGCUCUACCAGCAAGCCUGAAGAGAUCCCAGAGACUCUACGGAGGUACUUUACUAAGCGAUUGCUCAUUCCCUUACCCGAUGGAACUGCACGCCAUCAGAUAAUCAGCCAAGUGCUCUCACAGCACAACUACUGUCUUGGUGAUAAAGAGAUGUCCCUAUUGGUUCAGAGGACAGAGGGGUUUUCAGGGCUAGAUGUAGCCCAGCUGUGUCAGGAGGCUCUGGUUGGUCCUCUCCACGGCAUUUCUGGUGCAGACCUUUCCGGCAUCCACCCCAGUCAGAUGAGACCAGUCUCAUACCAAGACUUUGACAAUGUAUUUUGCAAAUUCCAGCCCAGCAUAUCACAAAAAGAGCUUGAUGUGUACACCGAGUGGAAUAAAAUGUUUGGUUGUAGUCAGUGAAAGAAACCCAGCUAAAACAGUUUCUAAUUUGUUGCAUACACAAAUCAGUGUUUCGUCUUUACUGAAGAGAAAGACGGUGGUGAAAUGAACUUACUAUGUAAAGAAUGGGGAAUAUCCUUAAAGGCUUCAGACACAAGAUAGCAGUCUGGACGUUGCACAAUGUUAAAAAUCAACACAUUUUAUUUAACUGCACCUCUUUGUUCAUUAAAAUAACCUACAAAGGAUGCCCCGAUCAGUUUUUGUGUAUAAAUAUAUAUAAAUACAUAUAUAUAUUCUGCUGAUUUUGAGAUUUUGUUGCUAUCAAGUGCCUGGGAUGGUGCUGUUUAAGUUUCUUUCUUUGGCGUCACAGUUUUCAAUGGUGAUUUGUGCUAAAAAAAAAAAAUUAAAAAACAACUCUUUACAAUGUGACAAAAAACAAUUUUUUUUUAUUUCUUACUUUUAUCCGGGCAGUGUUUUCCAGUUGUGUCUGUUUUGUGCUUACUAUGAACUGGUGUGGGUAAGUUGAGCUGAAUUAAAUUAAUCAUUAGAAUUUUCAUGCAGCUUCAUUACAUCACACGUUUAAUGCAUGUGUACGUUUUUUGGUAACAACUAAAUUGACUUUUUUUUUCUUUAAGUAAAUAACGUGUUUUUUAAUAGACUUACCCUGGCGUUCCAUCGGAUGUGUAAGCAUUGUAUAACGUCCAAUGAGCAUAAUACGCUAGGCACUGUUUUAGUCAACGGGUGAGUUCCACUGUCCGCAAAAUUAGAGUGUCUUGGACACAUCCCAGAAACGUAGCGUUGCUCUGCUAAAUUUACGCUUGAGGUCUAGUUUGUACUUCCAGAUGUUAGUCGUCAGCGAUUCAUAUCUGACAAGAAAGGAUGUCAAAGACAGGAGCAGUGUAAUGCAUUUGGCAACAUUCAAAAUAAAAGUCUGGUGCAGAUUUCAAAUUUAACUAGAAAAUAAAUGUCAUUAUCUGGGACACCUUCAUGACUGGACAGAAAAAAACAACAGACCUUUUGGAUUCAUGUUGUUGUCUUUCAGCCAGAAUCACGCAUGACCAGCUACGUGGAUUGUUUUCACCGUUGAUUCGCAUCUGAAAUGUUCCUAGUGGGCAGGGACGCACCAUUGAGCUUGUGGGGAAUGCAUGUCUAUUACGUUACACGAGGCAAUUAUAUCACAUGAGACAAUUAACUUAAACGAGACAAUUACGUAACACGAGACAAUUACAUUACACAAGACAAUUAUGUUACAUGAGAAUGAUGUUACGCAAGAAAGUUAAUUUACACGAGGCAAUUACGUUACACGAGACAAUUACGUUAGAUGAGACAAUUACAUUACACAAGGCAAUUACUUUCUCAGGAGACAGUUACCUUACACGAGGCAAUUACUUUACACGAGACAGUUACUUUACACAAGGUAAUUACGUUACACGAGAUAAUUACAUUACACGAGGCAAUUGCGUUACGCGAGGUUUACACAUCCGGUGGACAGCUGGGGUCACAUGUAUGAUGUUUUCUUUUGAUUCAAAGACAAAAAGAAAACAAAGUGAUUCUGAUAAUGUCAUACACUAACUAGCAAAGAAGGAAGUUCAUCGUAUAAUAUUCUGCCUUUUUUCAGUUUUUUUUCUUCUGUUUUAUAUUUGAAAACUCAGGAAUGUGACGAUGACAUGUCCAAUACCUCAGAAGCUUGAAUCAAAGCAAGAAACAUUUGGCUCACAUUUGAAACCGCAUCAUCAAUACACAAGAGGCUUUUAUAAUGCCUCAAAAAUCUCACAAUGAGAAGGUUCCUAUGAUGAAUGUAUGAGGGUAAUUGUGGUUUAUGUGCAAGUCUUAAAAUCAAUUUGUUUCGGAUUCUCUACCUUUUGAGUUCAUUUGAAAUGAAAGCUUGUAUUAUGAUCCGAGAUUUGCCUUUGAAAAUAAUAGCACCGUUGUGUAGGUUGAACUGCAGCCUUGAGGAUUUUUCUUUCUGUUUAAAAUUUCAUUCAUUUUCAUUUCCCGCCAGCUAUAAAAUGGAAAACAUUCAUUUACAUCAAACACAAUGAUCCAGUUGUUUAAUUCCAUGCUUUCAGACAGAACUGUUCAGCUUGUGGUGGUACAGUGUUGAGAGAAAUUCAAAAGGUGUAGACAAGCAUCUUGAGGUUGAGGAAGACAGCUGCCCCAAGCUAUUUGCUCCAUCCUGCUGCUGUUUUAUCAUUAAUGAAACAUAAGGAUUAUGUUCAGCCUAAAUUCCUUUCUACCUCGCUUUGUUUGUUAUCUGUGAAAGACAAAUUCACAAAGACGAAAAUGUCCGCACUCACCGAAAUGCUAUAUGAAAACACCAAACUGAAUACUUUUUUUUGUGUGCAAAAUCUAUAGCUUUAUGUUUAGAUGACCUGGGAUUUUUCAGCACAUAAUGCACUUAAAGGGGAAUACCACUGAAUAGUAACGCCUUUGCCUUAGGACAAUUUGGUUUUAUCAGCUAACUCUUUCACAGAUCUAUGUUAAAUGCAUAGACAUGUUUUAGGUCUCUCAAUGAUGCUGUGUGCACAUUUUCUGUCUUUAAAGUAUUUCAAUGCAAAGUUGACACAAGAAUUGGUUUGACCUCUUUAAAGAAUUCAUGAAACCAGUGGCAAUCCUUUUUAGCAACAUGCCUUGAAGGUCGUUCUUGUAUUUUUAUUUUUUUAGUCAUUCCUGUGUUAUUAAAGCCUCUUUGCUGCCAUUAAUUUGAAAAUUUUCAUGCAACAUUUCCCUCAACAUAAGAGCCAAGCCUGAGAGCUUAAUUGGCAACUAAAAGCAUUGAAUGUAUUAUUUCAUGAGAGCUGUGAAGAAAGCAAAGCCCUCUUGUAUUGAAACAUGCCACUGAAGUAGAGUACUGUAGUUGCAUGAAAACUGUAGAGGCACAAAAGAAUUUUAUUCAAGAAGGUCCUUUUUUUUACAGUUUUCUUGACUGAUGAAUACACUUUCAUUUAUUUUUUAUUUAAGCAUUCUCCUAUUACUGAAACCAGUUAUUUUUUCUAAGAUCAACAUUUGCAUGUUUUAGAUUACAAAACGCAGUAUUUGAAAUCGCUUGAGGAAGGAUCUGCAAAUGCUACAUUUUCUUUUAAAGAACAAUAUUUGCCAAUUAACAAUAGGACCAUUUGUCAUAGUGUCUAAUAUGAGUGCCUGUAUGUUUCUUUUAUUGUUUUGGUGGAGGUAACUAUCUUUACCGGUGUCACAUGUAUUUUGAUCUAUGUUGAACAAAAUUUGAUCACCCAAAUAGGCAAAUAAUAACAAUCUUUCAUGUUUCAGAAAUUGUUCAAAAUAAUAGGUUAUAAGAAUAUUGUAAGUUUCAAAUUUGGACAUUAACAAUUUUAAUUCAAAAUAAAAAACUUGCAUUUAGAUUGCCUGAUUUAACACAAUUAUAAUUUUAAAGCUAAACAUUUUUCUAUUUUAACCGAGGUAUACCAUAUUUCUUUCAAUGUUGCUGAAAUUGUGAAUUUGGGGUCUUCUACUGACAAUCAGUGUCAGUAGUCAUUGUUUCAAACCAUUGAACAAAUAUGUGGUUAUUAUUUCUUCAGUUUUUUUAUUGCUAAUCCCUUUGUUUUAACGAGCAAGUUCACUAAAAAAACAUUGUUUACAUGUACUUUUUGAAAUGGGAUUGGUCACUCUGAAUUUCACAUGCAAAAUAAAUGUGAAAGUAGUCCCUACACCUAUUUCUUGCAUUAGAAUGUGAUAGAAAAUAGAUGGGGAAAUGCUUGGAUUAGAAAAGCCUGACAGUUAUGUCCAACACAUUCACAUUCUCACACCCUAAGCGUCGAAAAAUGACGCGUAGGGUGCCCAUCUUAACCUCAACCAGCUUGCACAUGCAAAGCUUUGUUUCGCGUUUCAUCGUUCAUGUCAAACACACUUAACGAAAAAUGUUGACUUACAUACUGGGUAAAGGUUAGGAUGGGGCUGAGGGGAAUAUCAAAUCGCUAGAGGUUAGAGGUGAAACGUCCGUGAAAUGUCCGUUUUAGUGUCAGAUACCGACGCUCUGGCACAGCGCGUCGUCUCCAGACACGCAGGGGCACCCUAUGUGUAGGAAACAAAUGCUUGGUCACACUGCAUCAUUUUUUUAUGCUUAGGGUGUGAGAAUGGGUUCUGUCACACUGAAAAUUAGCAUUCAUGGAUUUAUCCAUCUUGACUUGUGAUGGGGAUGGCUGGUGUUUAUUUAGCGUCCAGGAGAGAGCAGAGUGCAUUGAAGUUAGUAGAAGCUAACCGUUAGCAUUAGCAACUCCACAACAGAACUCCUUUGGGCUUGUGUUAUUUGUGGAGCUAAAACAUCAACGUUGCAAAGCAAACAGUGGAAGAGAUGCUUUUCUGUUAGCCAAGACUUCAAAUCCUGUCGUGCAUUUCUCUCCUCUCCUCUGGCUAACUUCUACUUCCUGAAACAGGAGCGCCAGACCUUUUUCCCCACAGAGAUCGACUCACAAGAACUAGACUAGAGACCACUGCGUUAAAAAAUGAGUGAACUUGGUCUUUAAUUAAUAAAACUCAAAUAAAUGUCACAGAUCUUGACAGAAGAUGACACAAAAGUUCUACUUAUUGAUAGAAUUGUUUCACCUCUUUUUUCAGAAGGCAUUAAAAUUCCCUAAGUGGCAUCGAAAAGCACAUAUUUUAAGAGGAUAAGCAGAAAUAUUAGUUGAAGAGGGUAACGUGCUCAUAUCAGCACUUAUAGUAACCUUACAGACAAUAAAGUUCACAUCAGAGAGUUUUGUUUGCUCUCAGACACAAGUUGUGCUUUAAUGGUUUUAAGACUCAUGACUGUCGAAAUAUUUGAAGAUUUACCGAGACAAAGGUAUUUUUUCUCAUGUUUUAGCUGUUUUCAUUAUUACCAGACAUUAAUAACCAAUGGCGAUGUUAAUGAAAGGACCUAGAGUCAAAAACAACACUUGAGCAGAACCUUUGAAAAGCACAUCGAGUCUCAAAGUGAAACUGGCUUCCAUCACUUGAAUUGCAGUUUUCAGUAUUUCUGUAACUACAUGUAUUGUUGAGAACGGCUUAAAAUGUUUAUUCUAAUCCAGUUUUAAAGUGUGGCGUCCUUUAUAGCCAUUUCUACCUCAUUGCUGCAUAUUGUACUCGUAUGUUGUUUCAUUUUGAAUGUCUUGCUUUUGUGGGGAGUUAAAAGUUAAAACAACAGAAAAAAUAAGACAGAAAUAAAGCUUGUCCUUGAAUCUGAGCAGUCUACCUCAGAAAGACUGUCUUUUCCACUGUCAAGUACAAGUUCCAAAAAAAAGCACCUUUAAGACAAAGAUAACCUGCACAUACUGACAUACAGUUAACUUCUCAUUGAGUUGUUGUGGACAGUAUUUUCUGCGAGUUUUGCAAAAAAAAAUUAAAUGGAUGAAAAUAAGACAAAAAAGAAAUUGCUUUAAUCCUCUGUGAGUUGUUGUAGUGCCAUGUUACUGUGUAUGUACGGCAAUUCUACAUGCAAGUGUGAGGGGUAUGAAUUUUUACUUUUCCUACACAUGUAAAGAAAAUGAACUUGCACAUAGCUGUAUAUACUGUACAUUUGCUACUGAUAAACAGCAUAAUGCACCACAUACCUGUUUAUAUAUGUGUAUGUAUUGCCAUUAUUACAGUACAGUCGACUUAAUUGUAUUUUAAUUUUAAGGUACAUAAAAGUUAAUGAAAAAACUGAAUAAA